AGAAUACUCAUGGUUUUCUUUUCGAGUUGUUGUGCUGCUUCGCGGGGCUGAUGCGUCAGCUGUAACUUUCAGUUAUUCGGUGCCGGUUUCUGCGGUCGAUCGAAACUUGGAGACAUAGAGUGAUUCGGCCCUGAUGGUGAAACGUCUCCCCGUAUAUAGCUGACAUUUCCGUCAGGGAUUCCAGAGUGACAGUGAACGUUGUGGUCAGGACAUAAGGCUUUUGCCUCCUUCCUCGUAACUUCCUCGGAGCGUCCCCCUAUCGACCAUGCUAGAGACGCCAUCAACCGCGAAGACUAUCGCGGAGGUGCUCGGUCUCAUUUUGACCGUCAUGUGGAUUAUACUCAGAGAACUAGCGUUUUUCGUGAUCCCCCGCCCUUCCAAGUCCCUGAGAGACAAAACAGUCGUCUUGACCGGCGCCGCUCAAGGAAUCGGACGCCUUGUUGCCGAGAAAAUCGCGCGAUUGGGAGCUCGCUGUGUGCUCGUGGACAUCGAUAAAGAAAAAAAUGACAAGGCUGCCGCUGAAAUCCGAGCGGCGAACUUCGACGCAUGGUCGUACGCUUGUGAUAUUUCAAAGGAAGAUCAGAUAGAGAAGAUGCACGAUUGGAUCAAACGUGAGGUGGGUCCUGUCGAUGUUGUCAUAAACAACGCAGCGAUUGUGAACUGCCAGGAGAUUCUCGCUCUUGAGCCUCAUCGAGUCCGUCGGAAUUUUGAAGUGAAUACUCUCUCUCAUAUAUGGAUGAUCCGUGAGUUCUUGCCAUCAAUGAAGGAGCGUGGAGAGGGCCAUUUUGUGGCCACAUCGUCGAUAGCUGGAAUGCUGGGUACGGCUUACCUCACGGACUACUGCGCCUCGAAGUUCGCCGUCCGAGGGCUCAUGUCCGCGCUCGAAGAAGAGCUCAACACGCAAGGAUUCGGUGGCAAAAUCCAUCUGACCACUGUCUGCCCCCUGGCGAUUAAAACGACAAUGUUCGAAGCCCCGCGUAGUCGUUUCCCGUGGGCGAUGCCGCUUCUGGAGCCGGAGGAGGUGGCGAAUGGCUUGGUGGACGCCAUGCUCGAGAAUCGCAGGGAGGUGAUCAUACCGACACGCGUCGGGGUGCUGAACAAGCUCUGCAGUUUGCUUCCGACCGACGCGAUCCUGAGCUUGCAACGCUUCAUGGGCUACGAAGUUGGACAGCAUGGACAACAAUCCUCGAAAGAGAAAUCUCUGUGAAUUCAGCGCGCAGCCGGCCUCCUUGAGGACAUUCCAUCAAUUGCCAUGGUUUCUGGUCUCUCGAUGAUCGCUCAUCACCCCGUCAUUUCCACAUCUUCAUCUCAACUGUGCAGAAUCAGAUAUCGAAUGACUAUCGGAGUGAAUCAACACUCUGGUAGCAUUCCGAGUUCAGGAUUUUUAUGUAGUGAUGCAAUGCAUUCCAUGAUGCCAUGGAAUCAAUUAUGAAUCGGAGCCCCUCCCAGAGUGAGUCUAAUCUUUGUUCGGAAAUGCCCUCGCCAGUAAGGGAUCGUGAGUUUGUAUCGUUCCUUGUCAGUCGAUCUGAGAUCGGAUCAAGGUGCUCCAGAAACAAAUAUGUACCAUGAUUGAUUGGGACAAAUGAACCUCUCAAUAUGCUUUUUUGGGGCUUCGAGGAGAGAACGUUCUCAUUCUUGUAUUCGUGGAAAGCAAACAAGAAAAAAAAUAAACGUGGAUGAGUAUGCUUCGAUUAAA